UUGGAGCCAAUGUGGCUGCCAUUUUAUGCAAUGUAAUCGAGACUCAUUUUGAUGAGCGGAAUUCGUACGUUAGUAAUUCUAACGACUUUCUAGAAUGACGCAGUUUUUACCACCGAAUUUGUUGGCAUUAUUCGCGCCACGUGAUCCGAUUCCGUAUCUACCACCGGCCAGCAAGCUUCCGCAUGAGAAGAAGAACAGCGGCUACAUCGGCGUCGGAGGCUUCCUCAAAUAUUUCGAGGAUCCUAAGGAUACACCACCACCAUUGCGAGUAGAGACUCGAGAGGAACGUCUGGAGCGUAGAAGAAGGGAACGUGCAGAGCAAGUUGCGUAUAAGCUUGAGCAAGAAAUUGCGGUAUGGGAUCCUGCUGGUAUUUCUAAUGUAACAGCGGAUCCCUUCAAGACUCUUUUUGUAGCUCGUAUUAAUUAUGAUACAUCAGAAUCCAAACUAAGAAGAGAAUUUGAAGUAUAUGGACCAGUAAAAAAGAUUGUAGUAAUACAUAAUACAAUUAAUGGUAAACCUAGAGGAUAUGCCUUCAUUGAGUAUGAGCACGAAAGAGAUAUGCACUCUGCGUAUAAGCAUGCGGAUGGUAAGAAAAUAGAUGGUCGCAGAGUAUUGGUCGAUGUCGAGCGUGCGAGAACGGUAAAAGGUUGGUUGCCCCGAAAACUCGGCGGCGGCCUAGGUGGCACUCGUAGGGGCGGCCCCGACGUUAAUAUCAAGCAUUCGGGACGAGAGGAUAACGAAAGAGAACGGGAACGGUAUCGCUUGGAACGCGAGAGAGAGACUUCAGGACGUGGCCUCGACAGAGACAGAGAUCGCGAUCGCUUGGAUAGAGAACGUCGCAGAUCACGCGAUCGCAAACGAAGGACUAGAAGCAGAUCGCGCGACCGUAAGCGUAGACGAAGUCGCGACCGAUUACCGGAUCCUGAUAUCGAAGAGAUCGAACGUCCGCGUGACGGGAGAGAUAGGAGAGACCGCGAUCGCGAUCGCGAUCGGGAUCGCAAAAGACGGCGCUCGCGAAGCAACGAUCGCGAUCGCGAUAGAGACCGUAAGCGGGACAAACGAGACAGGGAUCGCGAUCGUAGGGACAGGAAGGAUCGUGGUGAUCGUCAGGAUGAGGAUACGAAAGAGAUUCGAAUUAAAGAAGAACCUUUGGAUGAUUAUCCAGAUUACAGCAAUACAUUUGCGACAUCGGGCUCAUACUUUACCGCUGUCAAGUACGAAGAUGAUAACGAUCAGGAGGUGGAGGAGAAAUACCGUAUUCCGGAAAGUCGACCCGACCCACCUCCUUACAACAAUUAUGAUUCCGUACAAGAUUAUUGAUCUCAGAUAGUAUACAUAUUUUCGUCGUGUCCCUUUUUUCACAGUAAGCCGCAAUCGUCGCAUCAUUGUCGUGUUGUUUCUAUUAUUAGCAUAAUAGUAAACAAGCUCUUUCAGGAGCAAACCAAGUUAAAUGUAAAAUGUUCGAGAAGCUAUUAUAUAUAUGUCGCAGAAUUAUACAAAGUUCUAUAAAAUAUCUCAAAAAUAUUAAAUAAUUUAUUACAAUAAAAAGUAAAUAAUUAUACUUAGUAAAUGAAAUUUUGACAUAAAAACUCGUUGACAAAUUUUAUAUUGCUAUAUGUUAUGUCACAUAAAACAAUUAAUAAAUGUUGUACAAAUUGUCUCUAAAAAGAAUUAAUAGCUCUAAUUUUUAAUUUUCGCGAGGAAUUCGCAAAAAUUCUAUGUCAAAGCAGUCAUUUAUAUCGGUUCAAAGCAUCUUUUGUCUAUCGUUUUCUCUCCAUUUAUCUAUCAUUAAUAAGAUUACAUUUACAAUAAAAAAUACAUUUUUAACAUUUAUUUUAAUAGAUGAAGGAACAAUUAAAAGGAACAUUAAAAAAAUUGCAUCAUAGAUCAAGCAAAGCCUCGCGAUUUAGAAAGCACAUUUGCUGAAUUGAUUCAACUAUAUUGAUUCAGUACUAUAUAUCGUGUUAAAAUGCUAUAUGUUAAGCGUCGGCCAUCUAUAGGUGUACAUAUAAUUACAUAUGUAUAAAAAUUUAACUUCUUUAUGACUGCUAUAUGUACAUUUAUAUGCUCUAAUAAAAUAAAACGUGAAUAAUU